GUUACCGAAAAUGCGCUCGACGCCAUUUUUUUAAGCUAUUCGGUUUUUGACGGCUUGGUAAAUUCAAACCCGGCAAAAAAAGUCCCAUCCCUAUUUCAAUUGUCAGAGUGCAAAAAUGCCCCUGAAAGACCUCGACAAGCUUACUGUUGUCAAGCUUCGUGCCGAGUUAAUAGCCCGAGGUUUGGACUCCAAAGGUAAUAAGCCCUUUCUGGUGGAACGACUUCGCUUCGCAUUAGAUCAAGAGGAGAAGCACGGUGUACCUAGGCCUGCAAUCAAAAUGUUCACUUCUGAGAAUGAAUUAGGUGACGCGAGUAUGGACCAGGAACCUGAAAUGGACGACGAGGUUCUUGAUGAUGCUGAAGCUGAUGAAAAUGAAGAUGUGUCAUCCAAUCCUAACCAAGUAGGCAAUGGCUCAAAUGGUACCACAGAAGUGUCAGAUAAUGCUUUGAAUAAUGGAACACACAUCAGCUGCACGGACAAGCCUUUUAAAACAGAAGAGUCCUUGUCGGAAGCUAUAGCUGAACCCACAUCUAUUGAAGCAUCCAAACAAAUCUCUGCUGAUACACCUCCUUUAACUGAGGCAGCUGUUAAAGAAGGGAAUGCUGAAGAAGCAGACAACAGUACAAACUCUGCCCUAAAUGAUAGUGUAAUGGCAGUUUAUGGAGGGAAAAAUGAAACCUUUAUGGAGAAUAGUACUUUAGAACAAUCUGUAGACAUGACAGUUGACCAAACUAAUGAUAAUGUAACAAAUAACUUGACAUCAAAUUCUAGUAAUCUUGAUGGUAAAGAUACUAGUUCAACACCAAAAGACACCACAGAAUCUUCCAGUGUUGAUACCGAAAAGGCCUCAGUUAGUAUUAACCAAACAGAUGCUUCUGCUCAAAAUGAGACAGUUUUGGUUGAUAGUGAGGAAAAAGAGAAAGAGAAGGGUUCAGAUGUUACAUCACAGGCUGAAAUAACAGAUGCUGUUGUCAAAGCAGAAGAACCUAAUGCUGAUGAAAAGGAUGCAGAUACUGCAACAUCUCAGGUUGAAGCAAAAGAAGAGGAGAAAAUGGAAGCCUCGUCAGCUGUAGAGACUGAAGCAACUCAAGAAAGUGAGAGUCCAUCAAAAGAAGGAACAAUAGAAGAUAAAAGUGACAGGGGAAGCAAACGACAAAGAGACAGAUCCUCAAGUCCUGCCAAUGUAAAUAAAGUAGCCGAAGGACCUCCACCUGAAGAUGAACCCGAAUGGGAUGGAAGUUUAGUCGUGCUUGAUUGGUAUAAUUCAGAUCUCAAUUUAACCAUAAGCAAAACGGAUUUCGUAAGUGGUACUCCACUGACCGAAGCUGGAUUUGCUUAUAUGUGGGCCGGUGCUCGCGCUACAUAUGGAUUUUUAACUGGAAAAAUUUGCUACGAAGUUAAGGUGGUAGAGAAUUUGGCAGUUUCUCACCUUGAGGAAUCAGAACCGAAUCAUCAUGUUGUGCGAGUCGGAUGGUCUGUCGAUUCUACUACGUAUCAAUUAGGUGAAGAUCCAUUUUCGUAUGGGUAUGGAGGUACAGCGAAAAUUUCUCAGAAUUGCGAAUUCAAGGACUAUGGGGUGCCUUUCCAGUUGAAUGACGUUGUUGGUGUUUACUUGGACGCAUCUGAGGAGAAAGAAACAGUCGAGAUAUCUUUUUGUGUUAAUGGUGCAGCCCAAGGCGUAGCAUUUACAUUAACAAAGGAAGAACUGAAUGGUCGGGCGCUGUUUCCUCACAUUCUUACCAAAAAUUGUCGAUUCGAGGUAAACUUUGCAAAAGAGGAACCAUGGUUUCCGCCCAUGGAAGGGUACGAGUGGGCCAGCAAAAUCCCAGUCGAAUCGCGCGUCAGAGGUGCCCUCACUCCUGCUACUAGGGCUGAUUGCCAGAUGAUCAUGAUGUGCGGUCUGCCUGGAGCUGGGAAAACAACUUGGGCUAACAAAUUCUCGGUUGAAAAUCCCGAUCGGAAAUUCAAUAUUUUAGGCACAAAUGCUUUCCUUGAUAAAAUGAAGGUCAAUGGAUUGCCUCGUCGGAAAAACUACAGUGGAAGAUGGGAAGUUCUGAUCGAAAAGUGUACCCGUUGUUUGAACAUUUUGUUGGAAAUUGCUGCCAAACGGCGGAGGAACUACAUCCUUGACCAGACUAAUGUCUAUCCUACAGCUCAGAAGAGAAAAAUGUCGUACUUUUCUGGGUUCAAACGCAAAGCUGUGGUAAUUGUUCCAACAGAGGAAGAAGCCAAGGUUCGAGUAGAAAAAAGAAUUCAAGAGGAAGGUAAGGACGUACCUGACUCGGCCGUUAUGGAAAUGAAAGCAAAUUUCAAAAUUCCAUCCGUCGAUGACACGUUUUCUGAAGUCGAAUUCCCCGAGUUGGCACUGGAAGAAGCACUUAAAGUCAUAGAAAAGUACAGCACCGAAGCAAAGGCAGCUGGAUACGGCCAGCCCUCGCCAAAACGACAACGUCAGAAUCAAGGAAAUCGCAAUAAAAAUGAUCGUAACGACCGACGCAGCAACCAUAGUGGUCGCGACAGAAAUCGUGAUUCCAGAGGGUCAAAUAGCCAUCGCAGCUCAAGCUCACGAUCUUAUAGAGAUAGCCGAGAUGAUCGACAUCGCCCGCCUCCUCCUUCUCAUUGGAGAGGGGGAGGUGGCGGCGGUGGUGGUCCAGGCCGUGGUGGUGGAUGGAGCAAUCGAGGACCCCCGCCACCAUUACCUAGAAAUGGUCCUUAUUCUCCACGUCGAGGACCACCGCUUCCUCCUUUACCUCCAGUUAACCGUGGAGGGUGGAAUGCACCAAUUCCUGAAAGACCAUACCCUGGUGCCAGAUCUGGAGGUGGAAGUGGUGGUAGUAGAGGCUAUGACGACAGACGCAACGACAGACCUUCCUAUUCGGCCCCAAGACGAGAAGGACCUUCUCCAUGGAUGAAUUCUCCAUCGAUGGCUGGUGCUGCACCCCAGAGAAGUUCAUGGGGACAUUCGCACAGUGGCUGGAACAGCAACAGUGGCGGCGGGAAUAGUUCAUCUUCGUCGUACGGUCAACCACAGCAAGCAUCGUAUGCUAGCUCUGCUUACGGUGGGUCAGCACUCUAUGGAUCGACGGGAGCCUCCAGAGCAACUCCAAGCGGCGGCUAUGGUACUCCUUCUGGUAUUACCGCCAGACCUGCUAGUGGAAACUAUGGAUCAUCGUCGGCAACUGCAAGACCUGUUUCCACACCAUAUGGGGGUGCUGGAAUCACUGGACUUGCCCGCCCCGCCAGUUACGGAUCCAACGGUCAAGCCAGACCAACCAGCUAUGGCCCUCCUAGCCUACCGGGUAGCCGACCUGCAAGUUACGGAUCUGGUUCAGGGAGUGCCCGUCCCACCUCCAGUUACUCUAGCGCCUCAAUCAACCAAUGGUCACAACAGCAGCAGCAACAGCCGCAACAAACUGGAUACCAGUAUCCUUAUAACCCCAAUCAUUCAACGUACAGUGGUGGCAAGUAACAUAGCACGUUUCGUUUUAAACAUUUUCCUCAUUUGCAAAAUGUUUUGUUUUGUUUCAUCUGUCAGUCCUUCCUUUAGUAAUUUGAAGUCUCUUCUUCGUAUUUGUAACUUUCAUGAAACAAAAAAUAUUCAGCCGUCGGAUGAGUGAAAUUCAAUGUGAGAAACUUCAUUUCAGGGUUUCCGUUCUUUUUUUUUUUCUAUUUUUUAAAUUUGUUUCUUCGACGCCAUUAAUGAUGAAAUACACGGACAUUUAACUAAA